GGUUGCAGAUGGCAGGACGCAGGGUGGAUGUGCGGUGGAUGCAGGAUAUAUAUAUAUCGACUCGCCGGGCUCUCUGGGCGGCGUCGCUGCCCUGCAAGCCCUGCCUUCCCGUCUCGACUCCAUGCUCGCCCAGCUCGCCGUCGCCGCAAUCGGCGUGCUCUCUGCUACCUCCGUGCUCGCCAAGAGCCCUGCCCAGGACUCGUCCGUUGGCCUGCAAUGGUCUUUUGCCGUGCCCGAGACCCAGCCCGUAUCGAGGAUCCACGGUAUCGAUCUGUCUGGCGUUUUUGUCGAUGCGACGGACCGCCAGCGCUUCUUCCACGGUGUCAACGUCGUGUACAAAGCCUUCCCUUACUUUCCCGAGACUCGCUUCUGGGACAUUCAGUACUCUUUCAAUGAGGACGAUGCCCGGUUCUUGGAAGACCUCAACAUGAACGUCAUUCGCCUGGGCGUGAUGUGGCCCGGCGCUGAGCCCGAGCGCGGCACAUACAAUCAGACCUACUUUGAGGUCCUCAAGGACAUUGUCGAGGUGUGCCAACGCCAUGGCAUUUACGUCCUGCUGGACAUGCACCAAGACAAUCUCUCUGAGCGAUACUGUGGCGAAGGCAUCCCGCUCUGGGCAGCUAAUUCGACUGGUGCCUUCGGAGGCUUCCCACUGCCGCUUACUCGCGAGGCAUGGAACCACAAGGGCGACCAUACUCCAAGCCGCCAGCAGUGCGACGAGUUCAACUGGCCCGACUACCAGGGCUCGUUUGCGGCCGCCCGAGCGUACCAAAACCUAUAUGAUAACCUCAAUGGCUACGCAGACGACAUGGCCGCUUUCUGGGCCAGGGUUGCUACCGAAUUCAAGGACUAUCCCAACGUCCUCGGCUACGAAAUCAUCAAUGAGCCACUGGGUGGCGACGUUCUGAGCGACCCUCGGCUCAUUCUCGAGGAAGGCUACGCCGCCACAAAGGUCCUCGAGCCCUUCUACGACAUCAUCCAGAAGGAGAUUCGCAAGGUUGACCAGGACGGACUCAUUUUCUUUGAGUCGGUCACCACCGACGACAACUACAACGGAUUUACCAAGACUCCCGGUGGCGAGCCCUAUGUCAGCAAGUCGGUGCUCAGCUACCACUACUAUUGGCUGGCACCCAACCGCCACUCGCUGGAAAGACACAUCCAGCAGCGCAUCAAGAAUGCAAAGCGACUCGGCAACUGUGGACUCAUGAUGACCGAAUUUGACAUUGCCAUUGGCCAGCCGGAUCUCCUGCAUCAGCUCAAGGUCGCUGACAAGUAUCUGCAGAGCUGGAUCGGCUGGGAAUACAAGCGCUACAUCCCCAUUACCGGCUACAACGACUCGCUCUUCAUCAUCGAUACUGGAGAGGUGCACAAGCAGAACGCCCAGUUCCUGUCCCGGCCGUUUGCCGAGGCCGUUGCCGGGCGCGUGUCCCUCAUGCAGUACAGCGACAACACCAAGACGUUCGAUCUGGCGUACAACGUUGUGCCGUCGACGCUGGGCCAGAACACCGUGAUCCGUGUGCAGAAAGAGCUGCACUACCCCGAUGGGUUCCACAUCGAGCUCAGCGGACCCGCCACCUACAUCAACUGCGGCAAUCAGUCCAACGUCGUUCUUAUCCAGACCAGUGCCACGGCCGGAGACGGCGACGAGAUUCACGUUCGUGUGCUCCCCGGAAACCAGACCGACUGCAGCAACAUUCCUGUUGCCCCACCGGUCCAGAAGCCCGUUGAACGCAACCGCCCGGUGGACCUGAUCGGCCUGUUCUUGUUUGUCCUGGUCGUUGUUCUGGCCAUGGUCUACUUUGCCUGGAAGAACGCCAGACGAAGCUACAUUUUCCUGGCUUGAGCCCCAACCGAACAUGAUCGCCGCCACACCUACUCCAACAAGACACGCACUUCGAGUAUAUGUGUUGUUUGGUAGGCGGAGAAGGAGGGACGGUGGAAGAACGCUCGCCGAUAUUGCUGUUCAUUACUGUUGUUUCUUGUGUUUGUCUUUGAUGUGAGCUGUAUUACACUAUAUUCAGAAUCGAGCUGGACACUGUCCCGCUCUCAUUGCGA